UCGAAAAUGAGUAAGGCUGAAAACAAUGUGUGGAAAUGGGGUGACCCUGCCGCGCCUCGCUUUCCAGAGCACCUUUAUGACAUAGCGAAAAGUGCUGCAUUUCAGGAUCCAGCACAACCUCAGCAGGACGAAGACGUUCAGUUUAGGUUACUGGAGCUCCAUGUCGUCCAGCCCGAGAAGAACUUGGGAGACGACGGAGGAAAAGAUGCGUGGUCAAAAUAUCCGUGCAGGGUCUUCACCCAUACAGGGAUGCUAUCGGAAUUGCAGGAUGAGAAUUGCGGCACCAAAAAGUGCCACUAUGCGGAGUCCAUCGAUGAAGCUCUCGCAAUUUACGCCAAGAUUUACUCUACCUUCUCAAAGUUUCACAAAACAAAGAAAUUCCUGUCUCGAUGGGUUGGAUCACAAGUCUAUCGCAAUCAAGCUUUAGAGUCCGGUCUUCGAGAUGGCCCUGCAAUCUCAGAUGAAGUUGCUCGCCUCAUGGAGUACGUCUGGCGGGAGACCAUUGGUGAGCUGCAGGAGUUGCUUAAGGUUUCGUACAGGAAAAUUGGACUCGGAAAAGUUGAAAAAGCAGAAGGUGUACUAUUGCAGAUCAGGAAGAAUCUCGAAAAGAAUUCGGAGGAGGAUGAUGAUAAUGGAGAAGAACUAUUCAAUCUCAACAGGGAGUUCUAUGAAUUAAUACCUUAUAGACCACGAUAUCAAGAUUUUAUAAGUCACAAACGAAUAAUCGCCACCAAACAAGAGCUGUGCCAGUUAAUCAAAGAUAUAGUGAAUGUAAGUGAGUCAACCGACUGGUCCCAACGCAGUAGUAGUCAAGCAAGGUAUCACGCCAUACAGUGUUUCAUUAGCUACCUACCUCCAAAUCAUCCAGAGUUCAUACAGAUACAAGCUUUCUUAAUGGAAACGAAAUCAAGUGAGGAACCUCUUGAUAUUAAGAGAAUAUUUGCCGCCACUCGAGGGAUUGAAGAGGCAUCAUUUGACGGGACCAUCGAAAACAACCAACUCCUCCUCCACGGAUCAAGACCAGCCACUUUCCUCGGAAUUCUCUCAAGGGGUUUGUUGUUACCGAAGAUUGUUGUUGAAGAGUACGGUGGUUCUCGUCGAGAUGCCGGUCUCCUUGGUCAAGGCAUUUAUUUUGCCGACAGAGUAAGUACGGUUCACCAAUACUCACCACCUAGUCAGCAAGCCGGUACCAGACUAAUGGUGAUCAACAAGGUUGCCUUGGGAAACGUCAAGGAGCUGUACAAGUUUGAUAUGACUCUAAAUCAGGCACCAGAGGGGCACCAUAGUACCCAUGGGGUCAGCAGUCGUUCUGCACACCCAAUAGAGUCCGAGUUUGAGGAUGAUGAGUUUGUUGUAUACGAGACGAACCAGCAAUGUAUGCGCUACCUUGUUGAAUUCACCCUGCCAGGAGAAACUGAGGUGGAGAUUCCUCUCUGUGAAACUCCUCAGAUUGCAGAAGGACCGGAGGAGAUGAUCAUCUUUAAACAAGUCGAGGAGGUUCAAAGUAGUGCUCCAACAACAAUUGAUCUCAGUGAUGUAGAAUGUGCAAAAGAUCCCGUAGUAGACGUUGAUGCCGGCCUCAUCAGUCAAAAUGAAACAUCAGACUCAAUCACCCUACAAGCUGUACACGUCAGAGCAAAACUACUGGAUCUAGUGGCUGAGGUAGUGGUCUUGCAGUCGUAUCGUAACAAUAGUGACGAAACCAUGGAAGCCAAGUACGUAUUUCCACUAGACCAAUCAGCAGCAGUUUGUGGAUUUGAGGCUUUCAUCAAUGAUAAACAUGUAGUUGGUGUCGUGAAGGAGAAGGAAAAGGCUCACAGGGAGUAUCGCCAAGCAGUGGAGGCUGGACACGGAGCUUAUCUUAUGGAUGAAGAAUUUCCUCAUGUGUUCUCGGUCAGCGUCGGCAAUCUUCCCCCACAAGCUGAUGUUCUCAUCAAAGUGACGUAUGUGACAGAACUUGCCGUGGAGGGCGACAGACUUGCUUUUAAUCUUCUCGGUACGGUUGCACCAUGGAAACGCCAAGAGGUUCUUGCUAAAGGGACACCCUCAGAGCGAGAUGUUGUCGAUGUUGAACUAGAAACAGUUUACAAGGAGCAGUCGAUUCAAGUUGCAGUUACUAUGGCGUCUAAGAUCACAAGUAUCGAGUCAUCUACACAUUCUAUUCUUGUCAAACAAUCGGAUAACAAGGCGUCUAUCAAGCUCGGCAAAGACUCCAAACUCGAUGAAGGGUUUCAGCUAUUGAUUGGUAUAGAGGAGAUUCACAAGCCAAGAGUGUGGAUAGAAGAGCCGGAACCAGGAUCUGAUGACCAGGCCGCCAUGCUGGUAUUUUAUCCUGAACUGGAUGUGAGUAACCUAGCUAAUCCAGAGAUGGUCCUUGUGAUGGAUUCAUCAAACUCCAUGAAGGGAAGCAGUCUUGAAGAGGCCAAGAAAAUACUGCUUCUUAUUGUGCAGAAUCUUCCUUCAAGUUGUACCUUCAAUGUGGUAGUCUUCGGUACAGAAUUCGAUGAGCUUUUUCCCGCAAGUCAACAAAAGAGCAGAAAGACUGUCAAAUCGGCCAAGGAGUUCAUUAAAGGCUACAGUGUUGGAGGAGGAACUGACUUCUGGCGCCCUUUGCAGUCACAGAACUUGCUGAAACAGGAGCGCGCGCAUAGAAAUCUGUUCCUGGUAACUGACGGCCAUCUGAAUAACGAAGAGGCGACUUUGAGAGCUGUUGGACGCAACAGAGCCUUCACAAGAAUCUUCACAUGUGGUGUGAGUGCGACAGCAAAUCGUCAUCUUCUUGCGGCUGUUGCGAGACAGGGUGGAGGAGCUUUUGAGUUCUUUGAUAGUGCAGCGAAAUCAACCUGGGAGAAAAAAAUUAAGCUCCAGGUGUCCCGAGCCAGUCAGCCUGCCGUAACAUCAGUGAGUGUCCAGUGGGAUCAAGACAGUCAAGAAACCCUUCCACUACUCCAAGCUCCCGCUCAAAUCACUUCCUUGUUCAGGAAGAACCGUCUCAUUGUCUACGGGCUGUUGCGAAACUUUGCCAAGGCAACGCUUUUUGCUGAAGUAAACGGCAAAAAGGUUGAGACAGUACUCUCUGCAAUACACCAACCGCAUACCGAAGGAAAUAUAAUCCACAAGUUGGCAGCACAUGCUGUGAUCAGAGACUGGGAAGAGGGCGUCCUUCACGCUGACCGCCCGGAACACGAGGCUCAAAAGCAUAAGCUUACAUCACGAAUUGUAGAGCUGAGCAUUCGCCAUUCGAUCGUGACGCCUAUGACAAGCUUCAUAGCAGUUGAAGAAAGAGAAGAAGAAGAGCAGAGGCAGCUUGCAGAAGGCCAAAAGCUAGAAUUGCUUCAAACCGUGGAAGAUCUUCUCUCAUCAGAAGAGGUUGAUCAGCUGCCAACCCUAAACUGGAAGGAGCCCAGUGUAGCCAAACACCCGGAGAUUUCGCCUUCUAAUCUUGUGAACAAACUCCUCCAGACGGCUAUUGCAGCAGCAGACUCAUAUUCCUUCAAAACUGCAGAGAAGUACUUUUCAAAGGCCUACAAAGUAGCCAAGGAAAAACUAUCGUACACUCAACCCCUUACCUUAAAGGUUGCUCAUCGUUUUUCAAAGUUCUGUGCUCGUGUUAAACCCGACAUGAGGGAGGCAUUUGAUCUUGUCAAUGAUGCCUCUGAGGAGGUGAAGAAACAUUUAUCGGCAGAGGUUUUGGAGACGACGGUAUCGGAAGACUUCUCCAAUGUGGAUGAACUCGACUCUUUACAACAAGCUGUUGAAUGGGCGGAAACGUGUAGGAUUGAAAUGGAAAGACAGCAGGACCAACCAAUGAACAAAGCAAGACGACUCGUUCCAUCCAUACCAUUUGCUCCCCAAAUACCACAAGAAGAUGAUGACGUGUGUACAGAGUCGAUGGUAACCAUUGAAGUUCUCACACAAGCUAUAGAAAUAGAAAUCCCAGCUUCACCCGAAUUAGUCAUGAUGGAAGACUUCCCUGUAGUACUACAAGAAGAAUGGAGGCCGGAACCAAAAGAAUUGGACCUUUUGCCAUCCGUGGUGGUGCGAAAGAAAGAAGUGCAUUACGAACCAGCUGUUGAAACCCCAAAACGUAAGCCUAAGAAUGUGUUUACGAAAUUAGCACUCCGGCUUAAGAAAAGUAUUCGUCGCAAAUCACUUGAGCUUCGUGAAGAAGAGUUGGAGGACAACUUGCUGAAACCUGCCUUGACGGCGCGAAAGAAAGCAGCGUCUUACAAGCCACCUCAUGCAGAACUAAAAGUUAUGUCCUUGGAAGAUACUUUGGACGAGACGGAACUAGAGAUGACAAGGCCAACUUCUAAGAGCUCUCGGGAAAAGAAAAUGAAACAAAAGUCUAGCCAUGAAAUGCAUCGCGAUACAUGUACACUAGAUAACGAGCCCCUGGCCCGUCUCACCGAAGGUAUCACACGUCCUCCCCUCCCAAGAACAGAACAUCAUUACCCACGCGCUCUGUCUGAACCCUCUCCACUCCCACAUCCACACCCGCUUCCAGGAGAACCUUACCUACCCGCUCAGUCUGUACCCGCUCCACCCCCACACCCACCCCUCCAAGGGGCACCCGCACAGUAUGUACCCGCUUCACCCCCACCUCGAUCUCUUGGAUCCCUACCUCGAUCCCUACCGGCAGUCCCCCUGCCAGGGGCAAGUUGGGAUAGAUUACAAUCAGAGGAGGAGCGAUCCAGUGUGCCACGGGAGAGUCUCAAAAUGGCGGCAGAAAUUGGGAUGGCUGACAUGGGGAUGGCUGACAUGGGGAUGGAUGGUAUGGGGAUGGAUGAUAUGACGAUGUGUGCUCUAUCUAUAGAUCAACCAAGAGGGAUGUCGACCAACACAGAAUGCCUCCUUAGCAUGCAAGGACAGGACGGUUCUUGGAUAUUCUUUCCUGGUUUUGACGAGAUUCUCGUCGUUCAACACAUUGACUCACGCAGACUCAUCAAAGAAAAACUAGAAUCAGAGUUGCUAUCGCAUGGAGUUGCUCUGGACGUCGAGGGCGUCAUUGACAAGAUUUUCCAGCUCUUGGCGACAAUCAUGGCGAAAAGUCAUAUAGUUACUCGUUUGCUUGUCCACCCAACAAAUCCAUGGGAUACUGAUCAGAAAAAGCUCUCCGACUCAGUGAUGAAGGCACAAGAGUUCAUCAAAGUGUCCCAAAUGGAGAUACAGGCGAUACUAGGAUUUGAGUUGGAUUGGGAGUUAAUGGGGGCGAAGUUAGUACUGUUUGGUAAAAUGGAAUGAACAGAACAGAUUUAUUGGGGCAGGGAUCGACAAUAUAAUGUCUUGCUUUUGACAUAAAUUGCCACACCACGCCAUCAUCCUUCAUUCAUUCAUUCUCGAACGGGUGCAGGGGGAAAUAUCCUCCAUUUUGCACCGGGUAGCCCAUAAUAGAACCAAAUUCCCAGAAUGCUCGAUAUUGGCAACAAACUAGGCACAAACAGUGAUUCAAUAGAAGGUGUGGCCAACUUGAUUUUGCUACAUUCCAACUCAUUGUAACCAAACUGAUGCUGGACGUGAUAAUAGUCUGGUACCAGGUUUGCGCAAUGGAUGUUAGUAUUCAUUACUGUUAUGGAAACAGGGAACCUGACCAAGAUGGUGACAGCGUGAUAAUACUUUUAUUGUUUUUUUUUAAUACCACUUAUCAAAGACAAUGGUUAGUGGUAAACAAUGUUGGUUUUAAGACACGAUCAUUUGAAAAACUAGUGCACUUUUUAGACUUUGUGUUGGGAGAUUUUAUCCGCCAUAUUUGUUGACAGUGAACCAUAAUAUUCCCAGAAUGCUCGACAUUGACAACAAACCAGGCCCGAACAGUGGUUCAGUAGGCAUGGUUAACACUUUUUUUUAUUUUUUUUAUCGACCACUUGCAUUGGUCGCCAUCGUUAAUGAAAAUGUGCACGCGGGAAAGGCUUUCAGUAGGGAGGUUUAGCUGCACGUCGCGCGCAACGUGAACGUUAACGUCAGUUAGUGUGUUGUUAAAAUCUCACGUUUUUAGCAUACGUUACACCCUAUUCACGUCAGGUACGUACGUCCACACUUCAAACGUAAGCACAAAUACAAAUAUACCCUAAGUGGUGACAUUUUUAAAACAACACAUUUUUCGACGUUCACGUUCACGUUUUUGCUUGCGUAACGUGCAGCUAAACCUCCCUAUAUUAUUAGCUGAGAGUCGUGUGCAGCUCAUGCACAAGUGCAUCUGUCCAUCGUUUGUUGUAAAGAUGGCGGUCAACGUCAUGUGCAAUCCAUCUAUUGUGACAUCUACUGUAAACGCAUAUAGGCCCUAAAAAUGAAGUAGGAAUUUCCUCAAUAUUAGUAUUAGGCACUAUAAGUGUCCACAAGUUAUAUCUUACAACUCAACACUGGAAAUUGUUCUAUGCCAGUGACCUUCUGGUGACCUAUUUCGCGUAAAAACAUUCCCCAUCCGAUAUCCCCACAUUGUGAAUAAAUACAUUCAGGUUGUGUCCUGACAUUCCCUCCAAUAGUGGCACUUCCUGGGUUUCCGGCUUUAUAGCCCUAGAUUACCACUUCCAGCCUAUCCGUGUGUUCAUCAAAGGAGCUGGAAAACACCAGGAUAUCGUCGAAAGAUAGAAAGAGACGUCCAUUGUUAUGUUGAGAUCGCCAAAAAAGACCUCCAUCAGCCUAUGGGAAAUUGCUGGGCUGUUGCUUAGCCCAAAUGGCAUGCGGACGUAAUCGUAAUCUUACAGACGGUCGGUCAUCUUUGUCUGUUUUUUUUUUAUAGCCCGAUGGUCUACGCAGAGGCGUGCUAUCAAUAUUGUGUGUAUAAGGGUCUGAGGAGCCUUGGUGUCUACGACGCUAAAGUAAUUCUCCCUUUGGGAGACACUUCCGUAUUUACCUUCCCAAAAGUUCCAUCAGUUUCAGCUGUUCCUCCCGGAUUUUUCCCCUCUUUGAGAG